AGCUUCAGGCUUCUCUCCUCCUCACUGUGUGUCCAAGGCCGGCCGGAUGGCUGUCUUACUAAAGGCCGGGGCUUUGGCCGGCUCUCAGCGGCUUGUCUCUUUCCUCUGCCCGGUGGCCGGUUCCGACAAUGUGCUUAUGGCAGCAAGCAUGGAUAACUGGAAAUGAGCUGCAAUGGAAACUCCUUCGUCAGAGUAACUAGUAUAUUUUGAUGUCUGAAUCUGCAAUCAAAAUGAGUGAUGUUCAGGCCACGGUGGAAUUUUCAGUGGAGCUCCAGAAAUUCUACAAUGUGGAUUUAUUUCAAAGAGGAUUUUACCAGCUUCGAGCAUCCAUGAAAAUCCCUCCCCGUAAUCCACACAAAAUUGAAGCAAGCCUUUUACGUGUCACAGGUGAUGAUCUAGCUUUUCCAGCUUCAGUGCAAGAUACUGUAGUCUGCAGUAAAAUCUUUCAAAUAUUGUACAAAAAUGAGGAGGUUGCAGUUAAUGAUGUAAUGAAUUUUAAAAUCAAGAUGCUCCUGGAUGAAAGGAAGAUUGAGGAAACUUUAAAUGAGAUGGUGUUUCAACUUUCUAUUGACCUGUAUUUUACAGAAACUAUAUAGAUACCAAAUGACCUGAACGCCUUGCAACUAAUUAGUAGUCGAAAUUUAAAGUUGCACUUUAACCUACAUAGAGGCCUUCAUCACCACAUCAAUUUGAUGUUUGAUUACUUUCACCUCUCAGUCAUAUCUGUUGUAGUUCAUGGUUCUUUGGUUGCUUUGCAUCAACCACUCAUCAGCUUUCACCGUGCAAUGAAGAACACCUGGUUAAACAGAAAUGCUCCCACCCAGAAUAAAGAGUCUGCAAUCCCAACCCUGGAAAGUGUAGUGUUUGGCAGUAACUACACAAAGCAGCUGUCUGCAGAUGGCAACAGCUUUGUGGUUCAAGAAUGUUUCCUACAACAUGCCUACAACUUUCAUUAUACACUGUGUGCCUGUUUGCUGGUAUCAUUUAAGGGGUUAUACAGCUAUUUCAUGACUGUAACAAAAGAGUUACCUUCCUCCCUCAAACUGGAGUUGGCCAAGCCCCGCAUGCAGGUCCUUUAUGAACGUCUGCUCAGAAGAAAAAAUCCGUGGCCUCCGACAGAAGCUGCUUCGGAAAAAAUUGAUGUUGAUGCCCGUCUAUCGGAACUAUGUGAAGAUGUUAAGAAAAUAGAUAAUCCUGAUGAACUAGCAGAGCUGAUUAACAUGAACCUUGCACAGCUUUGUUCUCUACUGAUGGCACUUUGGGGACAAUUUCUUGAAGUUAUCAUCUUGCAGGAUGAAAUUACAGUAAUGGUAGCACAAGAACAUCAUAUACUAAGAGUACGUAGAUUUGCAGAAGCGUUCUUUUGCCUCGAGCAUCCUAGACAAGCAGCCCUGGCAUACCAAGAAUUGCAUGCCCAGAGCCAUCUUCAGAUGUCAACAGCAAUUAAGAAUUCAUCCUACUUCAGUUCCCUUCCUCCUCUCCCUCUAGAGUGCAGUGAACUGGAUGGGGACUUUAACUCGCUACCUAUUAUUUUUGAAGAUAGGUAUUUAGAUUACAUUAUGGAAGAUUUGGAUGGACCUUGGCUGGGAGUUCAGCACUUGCAACGAUCAGAUUCUAGCAAACCUGAGAAAUUUGACGAGGAGGGAUAUGUUUGUGCUCCUGGAAGCCCAGAACUAAAAGUCAGAGCUGAAGGUGUCUCUGCUUCAUCUUGGUGUGCUGAAAGUGAAAAGCCUUUUACAAAGAUGAAAAAAAAUGAUGACGAUAAAUCAAAAACAAAAGGAAAUAAACUUAUGAAGACCAUGAAAACUGAUAAUCCAAAAAAAAUGGUAAAGCAGAAUUCUAAGGAUUCUGUGGUUUUAGUAAGCUACAAAUGUUUAAAAGCUGCUACAGCAGAGGCUAUGUCUAAAUCAUUUGAAGGCAGGCCUUCACAUUGCCACAAAGAUGGACAUAACCUUCAUCCAGGUUUUUCAGCAAGUGAGACAAAGUCAUCUGGAUUGCAAGCUUGGCAAAAACGACACAACUCUCUCCCAUCUACUACAGUGACAACCAAGCCACCGUCUACAAGUAGUGAAAGUAUUCACAGAAGCCACGGCAGCGCUUGGGAUUCUUGCAAUUUAGCAUCUUUUUCCACUUCCGCCAAUUCAGGUACACUUGGCACACAACAAGCAGGUACUGGAUUUACAUAUGUGGAUAAUAUUUUAGCAGGGGUAGAAAAAUGCCACUCUGGCCACCCCACUGUACCCUCUGGUUUGAGGACAAUAGAGGUUAAGCCAAGUAACAAAAACUCAUAUGAAGGGGAAAAAGUAACUGUUAUUUUUAGCUCCAAGUCAGAGGGUGCUAAAAAUAUGGCAUUUAAGGACAGCAUACAGGAGCAAGACUUUGCUGCGUCGCCCGGGCCAGUAACCCCAUCACUGGAGCCAGAUUCUGUAUUUGAUAAAGAAGUUGUACAGGAAACUAAUCUAAAACUGUCUGGAAAUGAAGAUCCUCUUACCAGGCCUAAAAACAACCAAGUACAUAGUGGCAGUAAAGAGGUCCACAUUAUAGUAAGUGGAGACACAAUAAAGCUGCCUGAUCUCAGCAUCACCUGUGCAUCUUCAAGAUUUUCUGAUUCUGGUGUGGAAAGUGAACCCAGCUCUUUUGCAACCCAUCCAAAUCCAGAACUCUUGGAAAAUGUGACUGAGCAUGAUCCUGUGUCAAAUGACAAGGUAUUUGCACCUCUUUUGCUGAAACCAGAAUCUAACGUAAAAGCCACCAUUGAAAGCCACUGCACAGAAAGCACAAGUGCUCUGAGUGAAAUCCAGUCUUCUUUGACAUCCAUAAACUCUUUACCAUCUGAUGAUGAUGAACUUUCCCCUGAUGAAAGUUCCAGGAUUUCUGUUGUGCCCGAGAGCCAGAUGAGAGACAGCAAAACUGUUCUUGACUUGGGUACAGUUGAAUUGCCAAAGUUUGAUUCCCUUAAAUCUAACGUUCUCUUACAGCCUCAAAGUGUUGUGUUUUCUGACACAGACAAUGUCCCUGUUCAUUCCUCUCUUUCAAAUAUCAGAGAACUUUUUCAAUUUGCUAUUUCCGAUGAGGAAACUCCAAAUGAAGUUAAGAGUAUUCCUGUACCCCCUACUGGCUCCAUAACCACUUUUAGAGAACUCCCAAUCCUAGAAACCCCUUAUGACACCCAAAUUGCACUCGAAUCUGAAGUUAUUAAUGUGGGAGAGCAGUCAGUGGUAUCUGGUUCUGUUGUUCUGGAUGAGGACAUUUUGUUGCAAACUGUCAAAGAGAAAUAUAGUGAUGAGAAACCAAAACUAUCAAACCAAGACAUGUCUAAAGCUGGGAGUACAGGUCCUCCUGCUGCUAUAAUUUCUUCCAGUAACAGCACUGACAUUGUCAAACAGGGUUUAGUAGAAAAUUAUUUUGGCUCUCAAAGUAGCACUGAUAUUUCUGACAUUAGCCCUGCAGAGGAUUUUAAGUAUGUCAGUCCUGCCAAGGAAACGGUAAAGUUACAGCCAGUCUGCCCAUUGCUGCAAGAGGAUGAGGAUGAUGAUGAUGAGGAGGAACAAGAUGAAGAAAUUAUUGAGAAUGGCUACUAUGAAGAAACAGAUGGCCCAUUAUACAAAUCUGAGGAUCCUGAAUGUGAAGUUAUCCAUGAUUCUGCACAUGAUAACUGUUUGAGGUCUGAGAGGAUUGGCUCUGAAUACUUAAAAGAUUCACUGAACAUGCCUGGUGUUUGUUCAACCAGUUGUCUAUCUUUUUCAUAUAUUUUAAAAGACUCCCCUUGCGGAACUGUUUUUAUGUCAAGGAAUACACUUGACACUAUAACAAAGCAACCGGGUGGGGCAAUGCUUGGAUCAUGCUCCUCAUCUAUUGCUUGGUAUGAAAGCUCUCCAAAGCCUUUAAUGCUAGCGUUCCUUCAGGCCAAAGAAGAAUUAAAGCAAUUAAAACUUCCUGGAUUUUUGUAUAGCGAUGUGACUCAGUUGGCUUCCACAGCUCCAUACUUCAGUGUGGAGGAUGACGACAGUUCUGAUGAGGGAAUCCAUUUGAUUGUGUGUGUACAUGGGCUGGAUGGUAAUAGCGCUGACCUCCGCUUAGUGAGAACCUACAUAGAACUUGGACUACCUGGAGGGCGAAAAGACUUCCUUAUGUCAGAAAGGAAUCAGAAUGAUACAUUUGCUGACUUUGAUUCAAUGACAGAUCGUCUUCUAGAUGAAAUUAUACAGUAUAUUCAGAUCUACAAUCUGGCUAUUUCAAGGAUCAGCUUUAUAGGACACUCAUUGGGGAAUUUAAUUAUACGAUCAGUUCUUUCACGGCCAAGGUUUAAAUGUUAUCUUGGCAAGUUGCACACUUUCCUUUCUUUAUCUGGUCCACAUUUGGGUACACUCUACAACAGCAGUGCUCUUGUCAAUACAGGCUUGUGGUUCAUGCAAAAAUGGAAAAAAUCUGGCUCAUUAUUACAGCUGACAUGUCGUGACCACUCAGAUCCUCGACAAACCUUCCUGUACAAACUAAGCAAGAAACCAGGUCUGGAACACUUCAGAAAUGUGGUUCUGGUCAGUUCCCUACAGGAUCGAUAUGUACCCUAUCACUCUGCUCGCAUUGAAAUGUGCAAAACUGCUCUUAAGGACAAACAGUCAGGGCCAGUGUAUGCGGAGAUGAUCCAAAACAUCCUUCUACCAGUUCUGCAGAACAAAGACUGUAACCUAGUGCGGUACGACGUCAUUCAUGCGUUGCCCAAUACAGCCAAUUCUCUCAUAGGACGAGCAGCGCACAUCGCGGUUCUUGAUUCUGAAGUAUUUUUGGAAAAAUUCUUUCUGGUCGCUGGCCUUAGAUACUUCCAGUAGAAGGAAGAAAGACUGCCAGAUGCUUAUGUAAUACCUCAUUAACAAUAAAUCUCAAACUAUGUGGUAUUAAAGUGUUAGCUGCCAUUGUAUUUUGAGUUAUAUUUAUAAAUUGUUCACUUUUUUUCUCUCCUUUUACUGGAAGAUAAUUUAUAUCAUCCAAUUUGAAAUACAUUAGUGGUUUGUUAAUUUAUAUUUAUGGAAGUCAUCACCACCUCCUACAAAUUUUAAAUCGGUUUACCAUUUCAGAAUACAUCACAAUAUUUGUAAAGGCCUGGCUCAGUUGUUUUUACACAGUCUAGCAAUGUCAUUUUAUGUACGCAGCUCUGUACCAUGAAUAUGGUGGAGUUUAACCAUCAGCUCAAAACAGAAUUGCCUAUCGAUGUUAUGUCCUGACACAAGCAAACUGAUACACAAGGUCAGCUGGACUGACUAUAUGGUAACCCUCAACAUGCUUCUAACAUCCAUUUGUCCCACAAUAGAUGU